AUGUCUUUGGAUGAGAAAGCGAUGUUCUUAAUGGUAACAUCUUCAACCUCUUUUUUUGAAUUGAAGUUUGAUGUGGCUAAGAGGUUGAAAGUCCACUAUGAAGUGUUAUCAAUGAUAUAUAAAUCUAAAAGAAACUCUGAUCUUAGUUUUGAGAUCAAGAAUGAAGAUGAUUUGAAGUGUAUAGUGGAGCAUAACCAUAAUAUUAGGUGUGUGGAGAUCCAUAUGCGAGCUAUUAUAGAUAUAGAUGUUUCUAAAUCUCAAAACACUCAGAAGGAACUUCUUGAAACGUAUGAGCACAUGGUAAAAGAGAUAAAUCCAGGUAGCUAUAUUCAUGUUGAACAGAAUGAGGGAAUGUUUUCAAGACUCUUUGUCCGUUAUGUUGCAUGCAUUAAUGGUUUCUUGAGUAGAUGCAGAACCCUUCUACUUUUGGAUGAUAUCUUUUUGAAAAAUCAAUAUAAAGAAUGGAAUGAUUAUAUGAAAGACAUAUAUGAUAUUGAUCCAAUGGCAUAUAACAUUACUAUUAACUACUCUCCUGAUCAGUAUGAGCACUUAACAUUUAAUGUGGUUGAGUCUUUUAAUAAUUGGAUACGCGAGGCUAGAUUGCUACAAAUUUUGCAAAUAGUUGAGCAUAUUCGUAAACAAAUGAUGAACAGCAGUCUCCGCCUCCGUGCGCACCACCAAGCGUUCACGCACCUCCGGCCAGCCUCCUGCCGGGCUCCGCCGGCUUGCUUUCUACCUUCUCUUUCCAUCCGCUGGGCCCCACAACCUACUCCUCUCACCUCAUGUCGGCUUCCCCCCGCGGGGGCGGGGCAGCAGCAGCAGCUGGGGAGGCCCGCUAACAGAAAGUCUUCUUUGAGACUGCGGGCUUUCUCUACGCGGGCCGCGAACAAAGCCCAUGAAGUGGAAGGAGGCCCGGGAAGCGAGAGCUGCUUCUUCGCUGACGAAGAGGUCUCGUGGAAGUCUCUGGGGAUAUCCGACCGAGUCACGCAGUCCCUUUUCGGUGCUGCUAUUCACAAGCCCUCUCUAAUUCAGGCUGCUUCUAUUCCACAUAUUAUUGAAGGCGGUGAUGUGAUUAUUGCUGCUGAGACUGGUAGUGGUAAAACACACAGCUAUCUUGUUCCGCUGAUUGAUAAAUUAUCCGUCAUUCCUGAACAUUGUAAGGAGACUAAUGCUUCAAAAGAAACUCGUCGAGUACACGAAAUAUCUCUGGUUCUUUGCCCUAACGUUAUGUUGUGUGAGCAAGUCGUUCAAAUGGCCAACUGUCUACUCAAUGAUUCGGGCAGACCACUUGUAAGGAUUGCUGCUGUUUGUGGGGGACAGGGAUGGCCUGUUGUCCAGCCUGAUAUUAUUGUCUCCACUCCAGCUGCACUUUUGAAUUUCCUCUUUACAUAUGAUUCGGAAAUGAAGCGCCGGUCUGAUUUUCUACGAAGUGUAAAAUCUGUGGUAUUUGAUGAGGCAGAUAUGCUUCUCUGUGGAAGUUUCCAGAACCAAAUUAUCCGUCUCAUGCAUAUGUUACGUUUCGAUGAGAAAUUAUUAUCUAGAAUGGAGAAUUCUGAACAGUACAGUUCCUUGAAUGUGACCAAUGAAUCUCAUGUGGAUUUGGGAUCUGAAGAGUAUGAUACACAACAACUUGUUGGGGAUCACGAAGGAGACGAAGUUGAUGAAGGAGAGGAUGUUGGCAAUGGGGAUGACAUUGAAGCUCUGAAAGGGGAAAAUAAAGGUGAAACUAGCAUGAAGAAGGGUUGGAGGAGGGUUAGAGAAGUUUAUAAGCGCAGUAAGCAAUACAUCUUUGUUGCUGCCACCCUUCCUGGGAGUGGCAAGAAAACCGCUGGUGGGGUAUUGAGGCGAAUGUUUCCAGAUGCCAUUUGGGUCAGUGGAAAUUAUCUCCAUCGUCAUAAUCCUAGAUUGGAGCAGCGAUGGUUUGAAGUUACAGAUGACACACAGGUGGAUGCUCUUCUAGAUGCUGUUAGAUGUAGUCAUAAGGAUCACCAUGUGAAUUCUUAUCUCGAGGUAAACCGCACCAUGGUAUUCACAAACACUGUUGAUGCUGCAGAAUCAGUAGCUAAAAUAUUGCAGAGAGUUGGUAUCAAAUGCCUUUCUUACCAUAGUGAGACCUCUUUGGAGGAAAGAGCAACGAAUCUCACCACAUUUCGGGAAAAUGGUGGGGUACUUGUCUGCACAGAUGCUGCUGCUCGUGGUCUUGACAUACCUAAUGUUUCACAUGUUAUUCAGGCGGAGUUCGCAACUUCUGCUGUGGACUUUCUACACAGGAUAGGCCGUACAGCGAGAGCUGGUCAGUCUGGAAUUGUCACAAGUUUAUAUAAUAAAUCAAACCAGGAUCUUGUAUCUGCCGUUCGUCAAGCAGGGAAUAUGGGGCUCCCAGUGGAGAAUGCAUUUAGCAGGAAACGGAGCUUUAGGAACAAGCUUAAGAAAAGAGGUAAAACCAGCGCUAACCAUGUACGCAGGGUCGCAGCAUAGAUUGGCGAAGAAUUGCAACUCCCUGGAGUUACAUGCAUUUGUAAAACUUUUACAUAUGUGGAUGAAAUUCUUGGACCUGCAGAAAUUUUUUCUUCUUGUUUGGUUCCAUAGACAUUCCUGUAACCACUGCAAAAAAAAAAAAAAAAAGGGUGUUCUCCUUCCUCUUCAUAUUGCGUAACCAAAAGAAAUGCCCUUUUUUUCCUUUUAAUGGGUCAAUUUGUACUGUUAGUUCCAUAGACACCGGAUUACGACAUUUUGGCUUGAAUGUUUUCUUACAAAGAAAUCUAUGAAUUUGUGUUUAUAGGUAUUCGUA